UUGACAGCAGGCUGACGUCAUCAGGACGCGACGUUGCCGGAGAUUCUGGGGUCACCCUCACGUGUCUUGUGGUCUGGUCACUGGGGUGCAGGGCAGGAUCAUGGCAAAGAAAAAGAAAUUGGGGCUCAUUGCUGAGAUGGCCCGAAAGAUCCGGGCGUACAGGGAGCUGAAGAGCCGGCCCCGGGACUCCCAGCGCUAUGCUGUCAACUAUGAGACUAUGAGUCGACCCUUCACUGGCAAACGUCUGCCUGUUUUAGCGUGGGAAGACGUAAAGAACGAGAAGAGACUUUUCACUCUGCUUUCUGGCUUAAGAGCGUUUGGAGUGGGACGAUUGGUGACGAGGAAGUCGUGGCUGGAGGACUAUAAGGAGCCCUGUUACUGGACUAUAACAAAGGUCAAAGUGGACUACACAGCCGAGAAUAUGGACUAUGGGCAGGCUUGGGGUUAUUUAACAUUCCGAGGUAAACAAGAGUCUGAGGAGACCGAGAUCAGCAAAGCCGUGUACCACGACUGGCGCGUUGUACCGCGGCACGAAGAGGACGACUUUAAGACGUUCACGCCUGUGCCAGAGCCGGAAUCCUCGCCCUGUGUCCUGUACCCGCCUCUCCUGAGGGCUAUGAUGUUGGCCCAGAUGCAGAAGGAAGGGAAUCCAAUAAGUGAACCUCUGCUGGAUCUUCAGAGGAAACGCAUCUUCUCCAGAGUGAAGUUUGAGGAGGAGAGAAAGGCCCGCUUGGGGACACCUGUAUGACAAAGACUUCCUGUAUUAAUGAACAUUCCUGGUGCCUGGCGCUGUGCUAGAGGUUUGGCAUCAUAUGUCUGCAUCACCAGUGAAAACCCAUAGACUCCAUGUUCCGGCCUCCCAGUUUGGAGGUGUUCUGGUCGCGUCUACUGUGUCCCACGUAAAUGAAUAAUGUGAUUUUAAUAGCACCCGCUGUUCAUAGGGGGCACAGGGCACUAAAGGUUGUGAUCAGUUGAUGCACAGGACCAUUCAUAUGUAGUGAGCUGUAAUAAACUCCAUUUAUAUCAUGA